AGAAAAGUUUUCUCUCAAGUGUUGAACACCAACAAAAAGGACCAUAGAGGAGAGACUAGAGUACAGUAAGUACUCUAUAUCUAUCUAUCUAUCUAUCUAUCUAUGUAAAGAUAUAAAUAUAUUUGCGUUUUGUUUUUGUUCAUCUUCUUACUCUGUGUGCUUCUAAAGCAAGGGAAUGGCUGUACUAGCUCCAACUAAAAAUGUGAACGCGUAGUAGUGUAGGAUAUUGUGCAUUCCUAGAAAAAAAAAUCUGUUUGGAUUUGAGAUCAACUCAGAUAUCCAGUCAAAGAAUGUAGUUUGUUUCUCUCCCUCUCUCUCUCUCUCUCUCUCUCUCUCUCUGUCUCUCUUUGUCUUUCUCCCUACUCCCCCUCAACGUGCAGUUACUUGGUCUGUUCCCUUCACAGGGGCGCUGCUUUCCAUUGUCGCCUAACAGGGGAACAGAAACGUUUUCUCAAAAGUGUUGAACACCAACAAAAAGGACCCUAGAGAAGAGACUAGAGUAAGUUUGAUUGAAAACCACCGCUGUAUUCCUCUGUUGCACAGACUCUUUCCGCAGUACGGGCACUGGAUCAACAGAGAGAAGCAAGAGAAAGAAACUUGAAGCAGUCUUGACCACAUCAACAAAAAGGACCGUAGAGGAGAGAAUAAAGUAAGUAAUCUAUCUAUCUAUCUAUCUAUCUAUCUAUCUAUCUAUCUAUCUAUCUAUCUAUAUAUAUAUAUAUAUAUAUAUAUAUAUAUAUAUAUAUAUAUAUAUAUAUAUAUAUAUGUACAUAUAUAUAGUUAUAUGCUUUUCCUUUUUGUUUUCCUUCUUACCCUCUGGCUUUUAAAUCAAGGGGAUCUCGAUAAUAGCUCUGUAUCCCCUAAGCCACAUUUCUCUCUCUUCUUUGCAGGCCGAGUGAAAUGGAUGUCUCGUCAGAAAUAUGGGGAGGUUGAAACUUCUUGCUUUUUGGCUCAAUGAUCCCCCUCACUCUCCACUACCACUGAAUUGUGCAGUUGUUUGAAAAAACAAAAAACAAAAACACAGGAUCGAGGAUUCGUCUGAGGAAGGACGGACGACAGGGGUGAGUAUGAAGAAAACCAAAAACACAGGAUGGAGGAUUCACAAGGAGAGGAGCAACAAAAAGCGCUCUCCCCGAGAGCAGCUGGCCUCUGCGGCUACAGCCGAAGACGAUCUCGACGAGGGAAAUUGCCGAAGGUGAGUAUGAAAAAAAACAACGGAUAAAAACAGGUGAGUAUAAAAAACAUAAAACACAGGGUCGAGGAUUGGUCUGCGAAUCAACUGAGAGGAGCAACAAAUAGCACUCUCCUGGAGCCGGCUGGCCUCUGCGGCUACAGCCGGAGACUAUCUCGACGAGGGAAAAAGGCGCACGAUUGCACCUAGCGUGUAGUGCAUGGAUGGAAACGCAGGAUCGAGGAUUCUUCUGCAAAUCAACGGAGAGGAACAACAAAAAGAACUCUCCCCGAAAGGGGCUGGCCUCUGUGGCUACAGCCGAAGACGAUCCCGACAAGGGACAAAGAAGCAGACUGCAGCUGAGCGAGGACAAUGAGGGAAACACUGAAGGUGAGUAUAAAAAACAACCAAAAAAAAACAGGUGAGUAUAAAAACCAUAAAACACAGCAUCGAGGUUUGUCUGUGGAUCAACGGAGAGGAAAAAAGCGCUCUCCUGAUCCUGAGCGAAGAGUACAAUGCCUGGGCUCUAGAGGUAAGAGUUGGCACCCCCCACGCAUAUGAAGUGAAAACGACUCUAUCACUCUGUCAGUUGUACAACAGCAAAGUUUAAAUUGUAUAAUCGGCAGAGGUUGGAGAGUGUUGGAGUUGUCCCGUCAUCUCUAAGCCAGGGAAAAACGUUUGAUAGAGUUGAGAGUACAUCAUAAAAUGUGGACUCGAUAUCACUGACUGUACUAGCUUCUGUAUAAUUCUGUGUUUCAAUCUGUCUGUGUCAAGGUCUACACACACAAACACACACAUUUCAGUCAAACACACACACACACACACACACACACACACACAUAUAUAUAUAUAUAUAUAUAUAUAUAUAUAUAUAUAUAUAUACAUAUAGGUUUGAAGUGGCUCAAAAGAGCUUGAUGCUAUUGUAUAUUUUUGUGCUAAUUGCAAUUUUAAUUGUCGGAAUAUCUAUGUCCAAUCUUAAUCGUUUGAUCUGGAUGUUUGACAAAGAACAUUUGUUUUAGGGUGUACCCACCUGGCAUGAAUUGCAUGUAUGUAUGUGUGUGUGUGUGUGUGUGUGUGUGUGUGUGUGUGUGUGUGUUUUCUACACUGCCUGUGUAUUGUUUUCUUUUUGUUUUUGUUUUUUGUUUACAGUGCCCUCUGCAUGACUGGCCAUCCUGUGAGGGAUGGACAGAGAGAGAAAGAAAGAAAGAGACACAAAGGUUUCCCAGAUGUUUUUUUUUUUAAUUUAUUUUCAUUUCUAAGAUCAGAAAAUAUUGUAAAGAUGUCUGAACACCAACAGAAAGAAAGUGUUUGUACAUAAAAAGUGUUUUACAAAUGGAAAGGAAAAAAAAAAAAUACGCCUUGCUUCAUCAUACAACUUUUUUUCCUUUUUCUUACUGCAGUGUCCAAGGCUUGGUGAGGCUGAGCAAAGAGGACAACGCCUGGGCUCCAGAGGCACGAGUCGGCACCUCUCGCAUAUGGAGUGAAACGACUCUAUCACUCUGUCAGUUGUGCAACACCAAAGUUUGA